GUAGGUGCCCGGUAUAUUCGACGCAAGAUCGAUUUUCUUGAAUACUGGAUUGAUGCCAUAAUGGCGUGAUUUAUUUCAGUGUCAUGUGAAAUCUGCAUGACCGUAUUUUUCGAGGUUGCUGGUAACUUACCUGAAUAAAUGAUAUCAAAAUGAUUAGUAAAUCAAAUAUUUCCACUUCUAGCUCGUGCGGUCCAUCACUCGAACAUCAGCGAAGGAGAUUCGAAAGUACACAGUUAAGGUUACAAAUGCUAUCGCGAAAGACAGAGGAAAUUCAUAUUGAUGAAUAUAUCAAAAAGCUUGCACUGGACAAUUCUGUCGUCACAAGCAAAUAUGAUAAUAAUUCAUCUGUUUCCAAGGUCAAAACAACUUUACCUGUAGCUCCUCACUCUUGCAUUCCUACUCACAAUACGGUUUGUAGAUUCUAUAUAUAUGUAUUUCCAUGUUAUUUUCAAGUAAUUCUUUCUUCAGUUAUAGUUACUAAUCCAUUAUUCACUAUGGUAUUAAAGCACUGACAUCGAUUACUCACACACUAUUUAAGAUUGCUUUACCGGAUUGGCAACGUCAGGUAAAGAAAAACAAUGAAAUGUAAAUAUGUUUCCAAUGGUUGUAAUGAGAGGUUAUGAGGCAAAAUAUAUAAGCCAUUAUUGAAAGGUAUGCAAUAAUAAUAUAGUCUAGACCCUACCAACUAAAAAAGGUGCAUAUAUUCGUGUUAUUGAGAUAGAUUUUAAGGCAUGUAACCUAUUUUUCAACUAUUAUUUUUUAAAUUUCAUUUUGCGAACCCAUACCUUAUCAAACCAUAUCCUUGUAUAACGAUUAUUUCGAUUUAUUUGUUAUUUAUUAACUUCAUCUUUACCGUAUGAGGGUUGGCGAAUUAAGCUGAUGCACGUUUGUGCAUUGUUAUUUUGACUUACUAUGUAAUCCCCCUAAUGCCAAACCUUAACAUCUUGAUUUGCCUUCCAAAUAUUAUUGAAUGGCUGACAUUAUCCCUGUGUAAUCAAUUUUCAACUGAUUUUUAUUUUCAGUGAUGAUAUAGUUAUUUGUGUACAGUUUCCUGCUUUAUUUUCCAUGCAAUCUUACCAGUAGUGCGUUUAAUGGCCAAAACUCCAGGCUUCCGAUUAGUUGGUUACAUGAAUAAAAUCCACUUCAUCUAAUUCUGUUUAGAUACCCGCGUUUUAUUAGUAGCCUUCAUAAAAGCAAUGUGGCUCAUAGCCGAUUACAUGAACGUGUAUUUGGUAAAUGAACUAGUCACAUGCGUUUGUUCAAGUUUCAACACAGCACAUCGAGAACCCAGAGUGGUAUAGGUAGUAACGGUAUUGGGGGUAAUAGAAAAGGCAUAAAAGGUAUGGUUUAAAAAAUCUAGAUCCAUGGAUUAAAAAGUUAUAAGGUAAUAUGGAAACUUGGUAUGUAAGGGAACACAAAAAGUGAAUCCAUCUGCUGCAUCGUGGAUUAUUCUGAGCCAAGUCAACCAAAGUCUCUAACUGUUGGUUACAAAAAUCACAUGGACCCCAAAUGAGUAGUUAGCACUUACGUAAACGAGUCAGUGCAAUAGUUUAUAACUUCAUGAACUGAUGCUACGUUUUGGUUUGGUUUCUCAUAUCUUCCCUACAAACUAUUCCUGCACCAGUCACCAUUCUGUUGACGUAGGCGGUGGUUGGGCUUAGUUAAUACAUGUCCUGGCCACCUCGACCGAUUUACUCAGCAUACUUUCCUUGGUAACCUGCGUCUUACCAUAACGUUAUUCGCCCAGAGGUCCUGACAUACACAAGCAGUACUUCGAAAAUACAUAUGAAUAAAUACUAACAUCCUGUGAAUAACCUCUUUUUAAAGCCACAUUUCACAGCCAUGAAGUAACAGCGAGCUGCUGCACACUGUACUCGUCCUUUGGCCGGCAAACGGUCAUCUCCUCUACACCACAAGUAACUCAAUCUUAUCGUAUUAUCAAUCAUCAUCACGAACCGCUACACACGUAUUAGGUUGAUCCUAAUCCAUUUUAUCUUUCGUGUGCGCUUUUUUUAUAAAAAAAACUAGCCUAAUCGUGGUGGUGUAUUUUCAACUGAACAAAUGUGUGAGAACCCAUCGCAUUUACUUGAUUUUCCGGAGGUCGGAUAUCUGAAUACUGCAAACUCGUUUUCUCCAGACACUUCUUUAGCUAAACCCUCAUGGUUAGUGAAUCUCUCUUCCCUACCACCAAUUUAUGGCGAUGCUAUUCGUGCCGCUACAACAAGGUAUGUUGUAUACCAUUACUUCUACUAAACUGGUGUUCAUAUUAAUAAUUUCAACUUGCUGUGCUGAUAUGGUGUGGUCACUUGAACCAAAAAAUAUGUCCUACGUCUUGAGUCGCCUAGUAAUUAGACCGGAUAAAGGAAAUCUCUGAGUUUACACCAUAAGCAUUAAUUUAAAAUUUCAGCCACAAUGAUCCAUCGUAACAUUAUACUGAUAUGGAUCAAAAUAUUUCUAGGGAUAAAAGCUUUCGUGUAAAUCUCUGUCACUAUCAAUUUGAAUUAGUAGGUUAGUGGAAGUUGUUGAUUAGUAAGUAUAAAUAUUAUUUUGACAGAACAUAUGUUCACUUUUCAAUUUUUCUUUCAUGUUUUCUCUGUUGGUAUAAAUUCAAGUUAAGCAUAUAAAUAAAUGGAAGUGGUCGAAUGCGUCUACAACUUCACUUAUCUCGAAAGUCUGAUCACCCCUAAUGGGUUAGCGUCUGACGAAACCUCUGCAAGGAUUCAGAAAGCUCGUUUGGCUUUUGCCAACUUACGUCAUCUAUGGCGAAGGCGAGAUACCUGUCUAUCAAUUAAGGGGCGAGUAUACUGCACAGCAGUUCGUCUUUUCGUUGACUGAGAUGGUUGGGCCACGUGUUACGUAUGCCUGAACACUGAUUACCACGACGCGUAAUGCUGACUAGUGUUGAAGACGGAUGGAAGAAAAUUAGGGGCACCCAAAUCAAAACGUGGCAUCAGUGCUUGAAGUUACUAACUUCUGGUCUGAGCCAUGUUGGUAGAUACAGACUACUUGGUUGGAGUCCACGUGACUAUUGUAACCAGUGGUUGGAGAUUCUGUGUGACAUCGCUUAGAAUCGAUCAAAAUGGCGUAAUUGUAUACACUCUUUUGUCUUCCCUUAAACUGUGAGGUUUAAAUCACUUUAUACCUUUGUUUCUGCGGACGAAUUCUCUUUCCCUGUAUCAAUUCCUUAUAUGCAAUCUUUUUAAUGUAUUACUACUAUUGAAGUAAUUACUUCUAUGAAUUUGGUGUUCAUCUUGUUGUGCUAAUGAGAUGUGGCAACAUGGACCAAUGCAUAUAUGUACCUGGCCCUACGUUGUAGCUGAUUGAUUGACUGAAGUGUGAUUUUCUGGUAAGAUUUCAGUAUGCUGUUUGUAGAUAAUGAAAUAUUAUAAAGUGCCUGAAGGAAUAAAACCGUGAGCAUGAAUCAUUGUUUUUUAUGAAAUCCUUUAUUGAAUUAUAGAUAUACAAUAACUUGAUUAUACUGGUAUAUCAUUCACUCAUAUCCCUUUGAAAUGAAGCAAGUGUUGCUCUUUUAAGCAACUACACGUACCGAAAUGAUGGAGAAAAUCUGCAGGUCAAGUAGAUGCUCUUGGUGGUGUUGAUUUUUCAGAGCCAGGUGGUUUCAAUAUCCUAGCUUUCAUUGUCAUUUUGGACACUUUUCGGGCCUAAUACAUGUAAAGUAAGCUCUUUAGCUACUUGACAGUGCAUAAAAACCACCAUUGAAAUGAAUUCUACUGGAAAAACGCCAAAUAUUCGGAUUAGGGAAUCUCUAAGAAUACCAAGGAGUUUCUAAAAUCGUGAAACUCAAAUCAAUUAGCAAUUACUAGGUACAUCGACAUUGACCAAGUUAAUGAACCUAUACGAAAGAGAUCGAUUACUCACAAGGCCAGAGGUCAAUCGACAAAGACAGUCAACUUGGAUCUGAAGGCAAAUGAAAACGACAUAACCUACGAAGACAGCUAAUCACAAAUAAGGCUAUUGGAAUAAGUCAAUAGAACACUUGUGAAAUAACUAAAAAGCUCACUUCUACAUGAAUUGAGCGAUGAAGAUGUCGUCAAGAAUGGAAAUGAAAGCUUUACAUUUAGACCACCUAUCUUGGAGAUCCCAACACUACCUAAAGCUCCAUAUAUUAUUCGUCAUUUCUCUGCGUCUUGUUUAGAUACAAAAAAUUGCAUCACAAAGAAGACCAUCAUUCUAUUUUCGCUUGAUAUAAAUUCAUCAAUAAUAUAAGAGCGUUUCUAGCUAAAAGUGACGAAUGUAUUAGUCAGUCAUUUGGUCAUUUUGAACGUUAAACCUGGGACAUGUGCAUCGGUCCAAGUUGUCACAACACAUUAGAACAGCGAGAUGAGAUUAUAAAGUCAAGUCCGAGAGUAUUAGAAAUAGUAAUGGUAGUGGUAGGGAAGAUUAGAUUUAGGAAGCAGAAAAAGAUGUAUAAGAAGAUUUCGGGACCCAAGAUUAAACGACAGAAGAAAAAAGUAAAUGCAUACACUUCAUUGCGAACUGUUCCGAAAUGUGUUACCCAAGAUCUCUAUCUACUGGGUACGAUAACUGUAGUGGACAAACUAGGUUGUCUGCACCCACCUAAACAGGUCAGUCCAAUAUUUAAUGUUUCGUGAACUGAUGCCAAGUUCUGGUUUAUCCACCUUUUUCUUUCUUCCAGACUACUCUUACAUUCAGCUAGUCAGUCAUCAGUAUGAGUUGUCGUAUGUUUAUGUAUCACACCCAAGUAGUAAAUGGUACAUGUUCACAGCUAGAGGAAAUCAACGAGGUGGAAAACGUAAGAUAAGGAAAUAAAAAUCCGAACAUGAAAAUUGUACCUUCAAAAGAAAAGGUCGGGUAAUGAACAGUUAUGAAUAAUACUUAAACAAAGAUGUAGAGUGAAUAAAAAUUCUCCCGUGUGACCGAUUUGAUCUAUAUCAUCCGAUUCCAACUAUUGAUUACAAUUAUUAUGUGGGCCUCAUCCUGUUAGCUCACACAGAUUAACAUGACUCAGACUCUCAGUCACUAACUUCAUAGAUUGAUGGUAUGUUCAAUUCUCUCCCUUCAUGUCUGGAACUACCCUAGUUUUCCUGGAUUUGCUGUCGGGUAUUCCUGACUGUUAGUAUUUUGGGUGGCAUACUGAUCAAACGGAUUUUUCUGCGAUUAUCGUAAGAGGCUUUCUGUAAUCUCUUCUACCCUGGGCAACUAGUGAUCACAGAGAAAUCACACCUGACUCUCAAAUUCCAGCUUAUAUUUCAAUCAGUCUAACUGCUAAAACUGAGCCACUGGUAUGAAGGACCUGCAAAAAACCACCAGGAUCGUUUUUUUUAUUUGCUUCAAGUUAGUUGUGGCCUUUUGACCUCACUGAAUUCUGGAGAUCCUAUAUCAGCCUAUAGUUCAGUUUGUUGGUGAAUGAUAAGUAGCUGGAGUUCACCUGACGUAUUCCUCAAAAUUUUCUGAUCGGCGUUACAGGCGUUUGGUUUUCAGGGUCCUAUGUUUUUCAGAAAUAUCUUCUCUAGUAACCAACUUAUUAAUCCAUCUCUGUAAUCAGUUUAAAAUUACCUAGUGUUACCCAUUAAGACCACUUUUUUAUUGUUCUUUGCUUUCGUUGCACACCUCUGUCCUCAAUGAUUGCGCUAACGUCUUGUUAUUCUCUGUUCAAGUGUCCUUCGCUCCUCGCCAUGUUCAGAACAUGCUGAGAAUAGUUUCCGAAAAUCCGCUAAGUUAGUGGGGGCUUUCGAGAUUUCUUAAUAUUCUGGUCCAUGUUGUUAACAAGUGUCACUGAUGUUUUCACAGCAGUCUAAAAAUAUUUCCAGGUCAUUUUAGGUUGUAGGCUAUAUGUUUAGCUACUCCUACCUUAGAUACGUGCGUUUUAUUUCUUCGAAAUGGGCUCAAAGUGGUCUCACUGUGUUUUUUCUUUGGUCAAGUAUGAUGCUGAUAGACACUUGUUCGUACAGGAGUAAGUCCGAAUUCCAAGGAUAUGAUUCGGGAGGAGCAAUAAUCUGUCCAAUGUCCCCAGUGGUAGUUGAUAGUAAUAUUGUCUGUCUAGAAACGUUUGUGAUGUCAGUGGUCUUCAGGUUAAGGGUUGUCUCUAUUCCUAGUUUUGAUCCUUUCUAAGGACAGUUUCCUGAGCCUAAUUGAACCUGGUCUAAAGCUUUCUCGUCAAAAAAACAUAAAACAAUGAUGAUGGUUAAUCCCAUUCUUUCAAGUCCGUGCAACUUCACUUAAUCCGACAGUGUAUAAGCGGCUGUCAAAAAAAUGAAGUCAGAGAAUUUCUGUUUUGCUUGAGAACUUAAUCUUUAACAUAUACCAACGAUGUUACGAGGUUACAACGAGACUCUAAAUAUACUAAGAAUAAAUCCCUCUGACUCUUCAUAUUGGAUAAGUCAAGUUAGCUAAACGACAAAAUUUAGAUUUUCUUUAUCAUUUCCAGGAUUACGAGAUUCUAGAGUUAUAAAUAAUAAAGCCUUUUGUCCGCCUUUAUAUCGAAAGCUUCAUUAUCUAUUAUUUGUAAAGUAUCGCACACAACUCUCAAGACUGUAAACGUCUUACUACUAUUAAAGAUCACACAAACUGCGACUCAUGUGUUCGAUGAAACAUGUAUCACAAUCUCGAACAAACACUAAAAAGUAUUUACAUAACUAACUGCUUAAAAGAUGUAUCCAAACUAACGUUUUUAUUUAUGCUAAAAUUUUCUGUGUUUUUGUCCUAAAAAUUUGUUUACCUUCUCUUUGUUGUAGUUAUAAUUUAUUGUCAGGGGUUUCUUAUGGGAACUUGUCCUAACAUGCAUAUAUAUGAUUAUGCCAUUUUGAUCUCAUCCAUUUUUCUACCAGCACUGUCGUGUUAAUUAGAAUGUUGUCUUCUUUAAUAAGUUGUUCUAACUUGUUCGUUCGUGGAUAUGUAUGAGAUUCAUAAAGUCUGAAAGCAUGUGGUAUAAACUGAAAUAUUUGUAUCCAUUCUUAUCAUCACAAAAUAGCCAAAUUACACAAAUAAACACAAGAACGUGGAAUCUUAUGAGACUAUUGGCUUUGUAAACAAAGGGCUUAAAAAAAUAACCUAACAUUAUUUUAAUUAUCAGUAUGGGAUUGUGGAGAUUGUUAGGCUUUUGAUUAAGAUCAUGAGUCGAUCGAUGUUAGGCCACCCUUUAAUUGUUUUAAAUUUUUGCCAAAAAGUUUGGGUUGGUACCUUUUUCUUAAGUUAAGUUUAGCUGUAACCAAAGUGCUUAGAUUUGCUAUUAAACUACUUAUUUAAAUAUAUUUUGUGGUUGGCGUUUUUAGUAACUAAAAGUUUUCAUUUGUAUACUAUCCCACAAUUUCUAAGAUUUGAAGGCUUCAUAUAAUGGACGCCGGUAGUUUCCUAUUCAUAGCUUAUCUCCAGUACUAAAGAGUUGCAUAUGUGGCACCGUUAUCUAAGGAAAUUUUUGGCUCCAUAUGAUUGUUAGUAAACACAAGAUGGAAUAUUGAGUGAUAAAGUUGGAGUUCGAUAAUUAUUGGAUUUUAAGCCAUCAGAUUUGGCAAAGAAUUAAUUGUUUCCACAGUAGAACUCAUCAAAGUAAUUUGUGCAGCACCUUACUUGAUAGUCAUCAUGAGAUUCAAAUGUCAUAAGUUUUUGGGCGAAUUGACGAAUUUCUUGAAAAGGUUUACACUGGUUAUUUAUACCAAACGUAGGUACUACCUUUACGUGGUGGUCAAAUUCGCUUAUUUUGACGACUCAGUCGAGCUAUAUUAACUGGGAUACGUUCCUUGAUAUUUUCGAGCGAAGUCAUGUUGGUUACCAUACUGUAGUGUGAUGGUAGCAAGGUGUCUUCUACAGAUAUCCAGCAGCCCCAGUACUGCUGGCUUUUCAUAACGGAAGGGGAGUUAGGAUAGGUUAGGCUUAAAAGUUAGUUAUAUCUAUCCCAAAGCAUUCCUGGUGCUGGCCAUUGGGUUUUAAAAUUAUAGAGCUAGUAGACUCACAAAUAGGUCCUUUCACAAUUUUCCUCACUGUCUUUACUUAAAAGUUGCUAGCACUGACUUUGGACAAGUUGUACUGGGAUUCUAAAGCCCAUGUAAAAUCUCUCCUACCAUAUUGUGUUUUUUAUCCGACCACCCUGAGGCUUCUUGCCUGUAUCAACUUUUUCGUAGAUUUUCACUUUUACAUUCAUAAACCUGAAUAUGAUCGAGGACUUUUGAUGAUUCAGUGGGGACCAAGAAAUGUAUGACACGAAACGAAAUGCCAGCGUUGUAAAAAGUAAUAAAAAUAAAACUUUUUUAUAACGAGAUCCCUAAAUGCCCUGGUAUGACCGAGAGAGGGGAGAGUUCUCUCUCAUCGAAAUGCCCUCACAUGGCCACGUGCAUGCAACCACUGCCAGGGAAGUCUUACUGCCUUCUUGUGGCGGGGGUGUUGUUUACAAAAUCGAAAGGAUGAAAGGCGAAUGUCCGGCGCUUUAACCGGGUUAGUGG